GACUCUCUCGCUCUCCGUGUCGGUCUCAGGUCUCAGUGCUCGCUCCCCGCAGACCGCCUCUUCAGACUCUUUCACUGUGACGGGGCUGUUGUGAAGUGACGGAUGGUGAACUUACCCGUGGAGUCUUUGCUGAACUGUAGCUGCUGUGUUUAUCAGAAACGACAUAAAGAACCGAGUUUCCUCGAAGCUAUCAUGCUGAACACAGAGGAAAGUUCCUGGUUAGCGGGGUCUCGGUUGCCCAGCUCAAACCCUCAGGCUCCAGGGCCUCUGUGGUGCUCCGAUGCCCCUCACCCACAACUAAAGAUCCCGGGUGGGCGAGGGACUGUCAGGGAUCACUGUCUCGGCGUGCUACUACACAAGGAUGAGAAGUUGACAGUGACACAGGGCGCUACGGCGAGUGGGAACCCCUCUCUUCUCCACUUCCACUACCAGCUGAGUGAGCGCCACUCGGCCUCCUGGGAUACAGCUCUAUCUGAGGACAGCCUUUUCCUGGAGAUUCCUGCUGGGCUGCUGGUCGAGGGCAGCAAGGAGGGGCUAACUGCUCUGCUCGAGUUUGCGGAAGAGAAGCUCAAAGUUAACUAUGUGUUCCUGUGGUUCCAUAAAAACCGAGAGGAUCGAUUGUCCAUCAUCAAGACCUUCCACUACAUGGGCUUCGAGAUGGUGAAGCCGGGCAACCCCAUGGUACCAGCCCGGCCCGAUCUGGCCUUCAUGGUUUACUCUCUGGACAACAGCAGCUCAGAUGAGGAGUGACCGCCGCAUUUUCUCCUGACACCUCCCUCACCCACCCGUCUCCCCCUCCACACCUCCCCCCAAAACAGAAACACGCCCCUCUACCCUUUGCUCGCUUGAACAAUCAACAAUCAACCACCUCAACUCUCUUGCUCUGGCACAAACCCCGGCCUCCACCUCAGAGAUCCUUCACCGCUCACUGGGAGGUUUCACCCUUUUCUUUUACAGACUUGUGGUUUAAGGGGAUGUUUAGGAGAAGUAUGAUUUCCAUGUGACGCACACGCCCUCGCCUCCACUUUGUCCCUUUCCCCGAGGAGAACUGCAGGAAUGGUGAAGGUUGAACUAGGUUGAACUAAGUUGUCACAUGCACUGUGGGAUUUGGGUUUUCUUCUUCUUGUGCUUGGUGGUUCCUUUGUUGGCCACAUUAUUUGUUUGUGCUGCCGCUGACAAGACAAAGAACUGUUAGACAUUUGGGAUGAGGUGGUGUUUUACAUUAAAAUUGAGCAUAUCUCUCGUCUGACAGCUUUCUACCUUUUAUAAGAAAAGACUUUGGUUUGUCUUUGCGUGCUGUAUAUCAUGCAAACUGUAUUAGUCGGGGUAAAGAGAGGGAAUUAAGGGUUUGAUAAUAAAAUGUUGUUUAGCAUUCUAGUAUAGAUGGGUGAACGCCUGAUCUGUUACAAUUAACAUUAAAGCACAUGUAAACUUUUCUUUACACUUUAAUAUGUCAAGAUGUCAUUCCAGCACCUGUCGCACACGUGGGUUUUUGUUGUUUUUUUUCAUCUGUCCAAAACCAUCUCGCCACAAAUGUGGAAAUUACGCUGCAAAUCUCUCCAGAUGUGUUGAAGCUAAGAUGCAGUGUGUGUGUGUGGGGGGCUGCUCUUCUACAAUAGUUCUUGUGUGAGUUGUUGAGACACAGGAGAGGAGAACAGCCUUGCUGUUGUUUCACUUUCACACAGAAACAAACGCUUCCAGGUUUCAUUUUUUCACACAUAUUAAGCUGAAUAAUUGUUGAUGGGAGACGUUCAAGCUCCACUUGCUGUUAUUUUUCAGUUUAAAUGUGCAAAACAUGUUAAAAUCUAGUGAAGCUGUAGCCCCGGGUUUGUCUUCUGUCUACAGUCGGGUCACAGAGCUGAAUUACCUUUUUCAAACAAUGAUUUUCCACAGAUCUUUACACCAAUGUUCUGAUAUUAAACAGAUUAAGACAGUAGUCUAAAUAGUAAACAGCACUUUCUGAUAUAAAUAAUCAAAACUACCACAUUAUUUAGACAUAUUUACUAUUUCAUUAUACUUCCAUUGCAAACAUGAUUGAAAUAAUUAUCUUAUUCUUCAUAAGCUCAUUGGUCAGAAUAUUGGUGUCUACGUAUUAACAAGAUGAUUCUGGAAAUCUGAAGAUCAGUUCUAUUGAUUGUGGUGAGUUUUCAUUAUGUUAAACAGAUUGUAUCUCUGUAACGCGACUGUACUGAAAACACGUGAGCCACGCACUGGUUGUUUCAGCUUCAUUCAUGCCUGAAGAGUGGCUCCGUAGUAACUAUCAGUGGAAAGCUUCAUUGGAAACUGGCUUUAUGUGCCUGAAAAAGAGGAGAGUGCAAUGUUAAAGUUUUUUACUCCUGAGUCUUAUUGAGGAAUGUGUUUAUUACCUUUUUUUUUUUGAGCAGGUUCACAUCCAGGCUGUGAGAGGAAAGAAGCUCAUCGUAGAUCCCAACCAGAGCACCUCAGGUGAUUGAACGUAUAUGCAAUUAGAGUUAAAACACAAGGUUUAUUAUUUUUUAGCUUUGUGGCUUUUAUUAGACUGAACAAAAUGCCAAAGACUCCAUUCUGUGUGCUGUCUGUUUUAAAUCCUCUUGCUUUUAAAUUGAUUUGAAACCUAGUGUGUUUUGUAAAGCAAUAUUGACCUACAUUCCCCAUGCCAGCCAUACUUCACACAUCAGAGAUACAUGAUGGAUGUGUGUUCAUGUUGGAGUGAGGGCCUCACUUUACUUAACUUCUUCUGCAUGUGUUCACUUCAUACCAGUCUUCAUUGCUACUGAUCGAGCCCUGACUAUAAGCUGUUAGGAAAUGUCAAUAUUUGAAUUUUCUCAGAGGUCUAUUUUUCUGUAUGUAUAUUUCCCAAAUGUUUAUUGUGAUAGUUAGGGGUUUAUUUUUGUUUUCAGUGAUUAGUUAGCAGCCGCUCAAUGACAAUCCACUCUUGUAUACUCUGGAAAUUUUUGUCUUGGGGGGGAGAAAACAAUAAAAGUUGAUAUGUA